CAGCCCUGCUCAUCUGAAUACACAACAUCUCAACACUUCUGCUGAGAAUCGAUAGCUGCUUGUCGACUUCUCCAUUUCUUGCUAGAGAUUGGAUAAACGCCAUAUCCAAAUCGGCAUCUGCAAGUAUUGGCUAUCGCUAUCGCUAUGAACCCUUUGGGCUCUUUGAAAGAAGAGGAUUUAGUUGAAAUCUGUAUUGACAAUACCACAGAACAAUGGUCCAAAAAAUCUUCGCCUGCAAGUAAAAGCCGCUCGUCUUUCCAUGGAACGAGAGAUCUCCAUAGGACCAGUUCGCCGGUGUCCCGACGCAGUCAUUCACAGCCAGAUAUACAUAUAGCUCCUUUUUCGACAAUGAAGCCUAACGAGCUAUGCUUCUCGUGUGAUAUUCCGCAAGCAAAAUACAAAUACAGUUUACAAGAAAAGCCUGAUACGCACGCCAGACCAUCCUACCUCUACGGCGAGCCAUUACCUCUACAAAGAUAUGCUAAGGCGCAGCACUUUAGUUCAGUAACUACUGGUGCACGUCGGCGGACCAUAAGAUUUCAUCCUACACGUUUUGAUCCAUGCCCCCCAGAAGAGAAAAUGAAAUCGCUGCAAUGUCUGCUGACGCGUAUCUAUCAUGAAGAGUCAAUGCAGAGUUCAACGAGAGAUUUGACGGACAGCCUCACUGAAUCAUUCCAGUCAGAUGUUAGCAUAACAUCUCCAAAGCGACUUACAGCAGAGACACUGGCAAUGUUUGGAGUUCCUCAGCUGCAAAAAGAAGUAGCUGAUUUGGAGAGUCAAAUCGAGCAAGCUAACUUUCGCCUUGUGAGAAUGGUUCGCCAACGAGCAUUCUAUAGAGCAAAGCAAAACCGGAAGUGUGCUGUACUCAGCGCAAUUCUCAUGGCAUUAUCAUCAAAAACAAGGGCAGACUCGAAGCUGAAGUUCAGUCUCAUCCCGCCUACGUAUGAAGGAGGAGUGGAGGAGUGGAAACGAGCAAUGAGAGUAAUGGCUCGCUUACCAGGAGGAUUCCCUCAGGUUUUCAGGAACAAGCUUUGGUCAACCUUAGGACAACUGCACGUACAGACAACGGGACUAGACUGGGAAGAAAUCUGUCGGAUCACAUUUUGUGAGCACUUGCAACCCGAUGACAUUGAAAUCCAUUCUCAAAUAAUAAAGGAUCUUCACCGCACAGGCUGGAGUGAGUUUGACGAUGAAAAGAAACUUAAGCAAGUGCUAGUAGCCUAUGCUAGGUACAAUAAGGAAAUUGGAUAUUGUCAAGGUUUCAACGUGAUCGCUGCUUUGAUUCUGCAAGUGGUCGAUUAUCGAACCGACAUUGCUCUAAAAAUUAUGAUAUUUCUGAUCGAGCACGUACUACCACGGAGCUACUUCGAUCAGUCGCUUCGUGCACUGUCAGUGGAUAUGAGCGUCAUGAAGGAUUUAAUGUUGCAGCGAGUACCGCAGACAUUUGAACAUCUUGAGAAACUCAAGAACUCAUCAGGAAACGAGUAUGAACCACCUCUUCCAAACAUUUUCUCUAUGCAUUGGUUCCUUACCCUAUUUGCUACAUGCUUACCAAGAGAAUGCGUCCUCCGAUUGUGGGAUGCGCUGAUGUUGCAAGGGUCGGAAAUUCUACUUCGUGCAGCUAUCGCCUUGUGGUCAAAAAUGAGCAGGAAGAUCAUGCGUACAACCAGUGCAGAUGAAUUCUACACACUUAUGGGCAAAUUGUGCAAGGAACUUACCGAAAUGAAUGAAGAAGAGCAGAAUCACUUCAUGACCGUUGUCUACACAAUGGCCGAAUUUCCAUAUCCUGGUUUGGCUGAGCUGCGAGAAAAAUACACAUGGAACAUUCACCCUCUGUCUGCUACAUUCAAGCUGUUUCGGAGAAGUGUCACAGACAUAUUGUAUGAUGACAGCUCGGACGGGGAGCCGUCUUGUUCUCCAUGUUCAUGUCGUCGACGAAAAGAUGCGCCAACAUGGAGCGACCUUCGCGAACUUGAAAAACGAUAUAAGCUGAUAAAACAGCGACAAAAGCAGGCCAGAGUCAUAUUGAAUUCUGCCUAUCUUCAUGGAUUAAACGCAUAUUCUACAAGGUCCAAAGUGAGUCUUCCAAGCUUGCCCACUCGUACUCCGCCAGUCUUCAAUCAUCUCAUACUAGGACCGCUUCUGGCAAGGAUUGACUGCACUACAGAACCUCCAACAACUUUCUCGGGUGGAGCCGUGAAAGUAGCAGCUACAGUUAUACAGCCAGCGGACCAUACUAUGUCACGACUGAAGGAACUUCUCCGUGAAUUAUCGUUGGAAGAAAACAUGUGGAACAUUGAUACUUCCUCGAACCCUUCAAGAAAAACAUCCCGAGCUCACUCUAAGAGAAAUAGCCGUGAAACAACAUCAUCGGAUGAUCCUGAAGACGUUAACAAACACCAGACAUUCACUCGCUCUACGGACUCAAAAGCGUCACGCCGGGCGAGACUUAGGAGAUCGAAAACACUUCUGCAACAAGCAAGCCCUGCACCAGCGCUCAGACAUUCCAUAAGACUGAAGCCACAGAGGACGCUAUAAAUGAGAUGCUCUUCUUUUGUGUAGAAUGAUUUACAUGUCAAAAUAAUGUUAUUCGUCUGUAUAUUUUCAACAAUAAAUAAAUCAAACAAAACAUUCC